ACUCUGCUCCCAUGUUGAUGUUUGUUGUUUGCGAGGGUGGCAGCACUGUGUGUGGUGAGGGGACAUCAUGUGAACGGAGGGUUGUCGACGCUUCUUGGGGAAUGUCGCAACUUUCCACCCCCCCACCCCCCCUGAAUAUACGCGUCUGAAUUGUGAAGAUUUCUGAGGACUAGUGGCUGAUUGUUGUUGUGAAACACUUGGACAUAUGGCUGGAGGGUCCUGCUCGGUGCCUGUUGUACGACGGCCAGUCAUGAUGCUGGAGCUCGUCUGAAGAGAAGAGCACCCCGCUGUGUGGUCUUUCUCUGGGUUUGCCUUCCUCUUUUUUUUGCACCAACUUCUUCCUCGGCGACGAGCUGCAAAACCAACUCAUUUUUUUACCCUUUAAACUUCUGAAAAAUGGUGUUCUUCCCUUUGUUCUCCGCUCGUAACAAACCUGGAUAACGAAAAGGAGCAGCUACGACGUGACAACACCCCGGCACGACAACCAGCGUUUACUUUCCCUCGAGGCACAUCUGCCCGGGGAUUUAUUCAGCUGUGGGGAUUUUAAUCUGUAAUUGAUGCAUCUCGGCGUGUCUGAGUCCAUGAGAGAGUGCGAGUACAGCCAAAUAAGCACUCGCAGCUCUACACCAAUGGAGACCCCUUACAAGAAAAGGACCCCAAAGAAGAGAAAGUGGGAGUCCUUCCCAGGUCGGAAUAAAUUUUACUGCAAUGGGAGGAUUAUGAUGGCCAAGCAGACAGGGGUUUUCUACCUCACCCUUGUCCUCAUACUAGUGACUUGUGGACUUUUCUUCACCUUUGAUUGUCCGUACUUGGCACAUCAGUUGACUCCGGCCAUCCCAGUGAUAGGAGGAGUACUCUUUCUGUUUGUGCUGGGGACGCUGCUGAGAACCAGCUUCAGCGACCCAGGCGUUCUGCCAAGGGCCACCCCAGAUGAAGCUGCCGACCUGGAGAGGCAGAUAGAUGUGGCUAAUGGCAGUACAGGCUACAGGCCUCCUCCCAGGACCAAGGAGGUGGUCAUCAAUGGUCAAACAGUCAAGCUGAAAUACUGUUUCACCUGCAAAAUCUUCAGACCGCCACGUGCCUCACACUGCAGCCUCUGUGACAACUGUGUGGAGCGUUUUGACCACCACUGUCCCUGGGUGGGGAACUGCGUGGGAAAGAGGAACUACCGUUUUUUCUACAUGUUCAUCCUCUCGCUCUCCUUCCUCACCAUCUUCAUCUUUGCCUUUGUCAUCACACACAUAAUUUUAAGCUCUCAUCAAAGUGGGUUCCUUAAGGCACUUAAAAAUAGUCCUGCCAGUGUGCUGGAAGUGGUGGUGUGUUUCUUCUCUGUCUGGUCUAUAGUGGGCCUCUCAGGCUUCCAUACAUACCUGAUCAGCUCCAACCAGACCACCAAUGAAGAUAUAAAAGGUUCGUGGUCUUCUAAAAGAGGGAAGGACAACUAUAAUCCCUACAGCCAUGGCAAUAUAUUCACCAACUGCUGUGCAGCACUGUGUGGACCUCUGCCACCAAGUCUGAUUGACAGACGGGGCUUUAUCCAAUCAGACGCACCGCAGCUGGCACCACCAACCAAUGGCAUCAUAAUGUACGGCGCCACCCAGUCUCAGCAGAGCCACAUGUGUGACCAAGACCAGUGCAUUCAGAGCACCAAAUUCGUUUUGCAGGCCGCCGCCACACCUCUCCUCCAGCAGCAAAGCAGCGAGCCAGUCAUCCUGACAACCUCCCCUGAAAACGGAGGCUCUCUGCCUGGCCGCACCUCACUCACCCUGGGUGGACCGUGCACCUCGCUCCCCCUCGGUCAGCCCACCCCUCCAACCUCGACACCCAGCCUCAGCUGCCACGAGACCGCCGACAUGCUGCCAAUCCACGGACACAGCCAUACACACAACCACAGCCACCCCCUCCAGGACCCGGUGGCCCACCAUCACUUUCUUACCCCAGAGGAAGUGCCCUCACCGCCAGGUAUGCUUCCCUGUGGAAGCCCCCUGGGCCACAGCCACACAGUGCAGGCUGGCUUCUAUAACCCAGCCAGCCAGGACUCACUACACGAAGACUCUGUCAGAGGAUUGGUAAAGCUCAGCUCUGUCUGACACUGGGAUGUACCACCUCCUCCUUCCUAAAACAUGCAUCCAAUCCCUGAAACUCUCCUGAGGUAGAUUUGGACCAGCUAGCUCUCACCCUGAGUUCUCCUCAGCAGGACUGGAGAACUGAAAAAAGGCUGUGGUUUAAAUUCAGCUGCUAGAAACUGGAUGGAAUUUAACAGAACCGAAGUGAAACCAGUUGUCCUCAGUCAACAUCUUGCCAAACCUCUCCACUGGAAUUGGGAGAGAUGGUUCCUGAUGUGGUGGCGUGUAUACAUAUACAUGCAUACACUUGUCUCUUUUUCUUUUUUACUUCAAGGGAAGCAAAGUCCAUUAACUCCUUGAAACCGCACAGAGGAGUAAGAUUUUCAAUGUGGCGUACGUCUGUGAGUCUCAGAUACUACAAGCAAAAAAAAGUACACACUUUGACAGUACAUGGCAGUUUUUGUUAUAAAGCUGAUCUUCUGUCAGUGGUUCACAGGUCUGACAGGUUUUUUUGUAAAACAAACUUUAGCCUAUUUGCCUGUUGCUGAUUGGACAGUGUCUAAAGCCUUUUUUUUUUCUCGGACAUUCUCAGCAGUGCAAUGGUUGAUGUCAUGUUGCAUAUCAUCCUGCUUUUUCUAUGUUAAAAAAAUAAGACUGUUGUAUUGUGCCAUGGUUAUUACAAAUCUUACAAAUGAUUAUAUUUCCUGUGGAUAUUAAUAAAAACACCUACUUUUUAUCAAA